AUGUCCAGCACACCCGAAAGCUCAAAUCCCUCAUUCUCCAUGUCCGCAUACAUGGUCCCCUCACAGAACUCCUACGAGUCCGACGACGAGGUCGCCUCCCUCCCAUCGGAAUCAACCACGGAAUCCGACCUCGACACAUUAUCGGAAUACUCCUCCGACGCAGAAGAAGAAUGGCGUGAAAGCAUCCAGCAGCUGGAACUGCUCCUCAGCAUGGUCCUUGUUCCCUUCAUCGGGAAACUCAUGGGCCGCCGGUGCGCGUACUGGAGCUGGUCACGGUUCAUGCAGUGGAAGUACCCGGUUGAAGUUGUGAUCCAGAACCCGGGUGCAUUCAAGGCUGCGGGCGUGGUUGAGGCGGCUGCGACUUUAUGA